AUGGUCAACACCACCAUGGCAUACACAAUAUCGUAUGACGGUCAAAACUCUGGGCUACAAGCUGGGAGUAUCUAUGGUGACGUUAACACAGAAUUCAACAUCUCCUCUGAGCGACCAGAAGCGUCACUGAAUCAAGCAUGCAUGCGUGAUCUGCGGACGACCGAUCCUCGUGAUGACAAAAAUCGUAUCGAACAGGUCAAAGGCGGGCUGCUCAAAGACUCAUACCGUUGGAUCAUUGACAACGAAAGCUUCAAACAAUGGCGGUACGGCCAAGACAGCCGUCUGCUCUGGAUCAGAGGGGAUCCUGGCAAAGGAAAAACAAUGCUAUUAUGCGGCAUCAUCGACGAAUUGACACAAUCUGAGGCUGCGAAUGUCUCAUUCUUCUUUUGUCAGGCUACCGAUGUGCGCAUAAACAGCGCUACUGCUGUUCUACGUGGGCUGAUCUAUUCGCUCGUUGACAAGCAGCCAGAUCUCCUCUCCCAUGUGCGACGCGGGUACGAUCAAGUCGGCAAACAAAUCUUUGAAGAUACGAAUGCGUGGGAGGCUCUGUCGAAAAUCCUCAUAGGUAUCUUAGGAGACCCGAGUCUGCCAAGCACUUAUCUGAUAAUUGAUGCGCUCGAUGAAUGCAGCACCGGGCUACCUCUGCUUCUUGAUUUUAUCAUUCGAAACUCUUGUAUCUUCUCCAGUGUUAAAUGGAUUGCCUCUAGUCGCAACUGGCCUAGCAUCGAAGAACACCUUGAGACUGUAAACCAGAAAACUACGAUCGGUCUAGAGCUGAACGAGGCAUCUAUCGCCGAGGCAGUCGAAAUAUACAUCCAGCACCGGGUUCGUCAAUUAACGGAGCUCAAGCAGUACAAUUUCGAGAUUUCCCAGGCAGUUUUGCAACACCUUUCGCAAAAUUCCCAACGAACCUUUUUAUGGGUGGCCUUGGUUUCACAGGAGCUUGCUAAAACGUCACGAUGGAAUACUCUCGCGAAGCUCAAUACGCUACCGCCCGGACUUACAGCUCUAUACAACCGGAUGUUGGAUCACAUUCUUAACAUUGAAGAAGCCCGACUAUGCCAAAAUAUCCUGGCUGUCAUACUCAAUGUGUAUCGGCCUAUCACGUUGGACGAACUGAUAGGUUUUAUUGACAUGCCACAUGGUGUCUCUGAUGACUAUAAAGCUCUGUUAGAAAUCAUAGCGCUAUGUGGCUCGUUUCUAACAAUUCGGAAGCACACGAUCUCCUUCAUCCAUCAAUCCGCAAAAGAAUUUCUGAUUGAGAUGGCUCCAGUCCACUUGUUCAAAUCAAGGAUCAACGAGAAACAUCUCCUCAUUUUUCAACUGUCUUUGAAAGUUAUGUUCACAAACCUUCGUUGGAAUAUAUACGGCGUCAAUUCCCCUGGGGCCCCUAUCAAUCAAUUACGGCGACCUGACCCUGACCCCUUAGCAGCAGCGCGAUAUCAAUGUCUCUUUUGGGUGGACCACGUCCAGGAGGGCGCUUCUGAGGCGAGUGAUGAUCUAGAGGACGGUGGAUUAGUAGAUGAAUUUCUGCAACAAAAAUAUCUGAACUGGAUCGAAGCGAUCAGCCUUCUUGGAGAUAUCUCAGAGGGGAUUGAAGAUGGGCACUUCAUCACAAUCACUUUCGAAGCGUGUCCAUGA